CAAUCAUGAUAAUCAGUACAAGCAAUACAACCAAUGCAAUCAAUGCAAUCAUGACAAUCAUCCCUACUCCCCCGUAGACUGGCCGUGCCGGGCCCUCCUGAAGCGAGACCGCGGAGAACUGGCCUCCCCACAGUGGCCGGAGCAGUACGCGCCAGGAUUGGACUGUGUCUGGACUAUACAGGCUCCCGAGAACGGCCAAGUGAGUCUGAGGUUUACUACCAUUGACCUGGACGGUCAAGCCUUCACACCCUGCACUGACCAGCAUGACGUCAUUGAUGUUUAUGACGGACCCUCCACCUCAUCCAACAAACUUUCUCGGUUCUGCCAGCACGAGAGCCCCGCCCCCAUAGUGUCCAGCAACAACAUGCUGCUCGUCACUUUCCGCACAGACAGCUACAUGCAGCGCACGGGCUUCCACGCCAGCUACGACUUCAUCCUCCCAACCACCACCGCUGAGCCCACUACAACCCCGGCCUCCAGCGCAGACGAAGAUCUGGCCCACUAUGUGGGCGGUGGGGGGCUGGAGGGUGACAUGGACGAUCUGGAGGACCCACUUAGUGCUAAAUUUGUUGAGCCGAGCAUGAAGAGAGAGGGAGAGAAAGUGAAUGUGACUCGCAUCAAGGGAGAUAUUCCUUUUGGCAUCCAAGGCGGCGGUUUCUACCAGCCCAGUGGUCAGGACGGCAAUGAAGGAAGCAUCUUGGACAACGAGACUUACGUCACCAUCUUGUGGAUUCUGCUUGUCUCCCUUCUCCUCCUCACCAUAGUGCUCGCCCUUGUCCUUAUCGUUGUGUGCAGGCAUAACAAGUAAGACAACUCUUCGUGUGGCUGUCACAGUCAAUAGUUUUUAACAUGGUUACUUCCCUUCCAUUAUUGUUAAUUAUAAUUUAUUUGAGUCGGCUCGAUAAAGGGGAAACUAAGCCAAAAUGUAUUAACAAUCACUAACAAAUACCAAAUCUCCUCCCAGAUGUUUGCAUGUACUUUGUCUUCUACAUGCUGUGACUGCCAGUGGCAGCGGCAACACACGUAACAGCAUUGGGCACUGUAACCGCUAAGACUGACUUCAUAAUAAUAAUAAUUGCAUUUAUAUAGCGCAUAUCCAUGCUCAAGAGCAUGCUCUAUGCGCUUUACA